AGCGUCUCCCGCGAGCAUUUCUGCAGUUUCCCCCUCGAACUCCUCAGGGUCUCUCAAUGCCGCCCCCCUCCGCCUCCGCCUCCCGCUUCGCGGCCCACUGGGUCGCCGACGCCCUCGCCGGCGACGAGGCCCUCGACUUCUCUGUCAUCAAAGCGCUGGUGGGCGUCUCGCCGGAGUCCCUUGCGGGCGCACCGGAGGUCACGCGGGAGCGGGUUUCACUCCGGUGCCUGCAGGAGGUCGUAUCCGUCGCCACCGAGGGCGAGGGCGAGGGCGAGGUCGCGGUGGCGGUGGCGAGGAGGAUACUUAGGGUGGAUGACACCCGCUCUUGCGAGGAAUUGCUGCUUGAGUUAAUUGGACAGGUUGGUAGCUCAGGAAGCUUGGAGAAUGGUAUGCUUGCACCUUUUAGUCAAGAUAUCCAAAAGUUUAUAUGUAUCAAGAUACCAGCAUUACCAAAAACUUCUUUUGAGUUGCUCAGAGAAGUGGACCCAGAGAUCCUAUCUAUGGUCCCACCAUUCCCAGUGCAGCAGAAUGGCAACAACGAACUAGGCAAUGACCGGUCAUUGUGCAAUGCCAGCCAUGAUCAUGUAAAUACAGAGAAGCUUGGCUGCCCUACAGAUACUCCUGAGCUUCAGCAAGAUAGUUUAACUAACUUCGCUAACGAAACGGACACAAGAAAUUUGCAGAAGGAUCCAAUGGAGCCAAAUCCAGAUUUUCACCAACCAUCUACAUCACACAGUAGGUGUUACGAUCACCUUCGAGAAGAUACUGGCGGUGCCACUGGUGUCAAUACCAGGUCCCCAGAAAAGAGUCCAACUAAUGUCGAUAGAAACAUGUCCUUUGCAGCUGAGCCUUCUCCAGCUAGCUGCAGUGCUGCUUUGCUCAAAAGUAAUACUGAGCCCAUGCCAAAGCAGGAUGAGGAGGAUCAUAGCACCAUGCUUCAGCCACAAUCCUAUGGAGAUAAGUAUCCAAACCCACCCCGCUGUAAUGAUGGAGACAGACCAUGUUAUGAUGGCUCCAACAAUCAAUCAUCAAAGGAUCAAAUCCACGAAGGAUCAACCAUACAGGCUAUGGUGGCUCCGGAUUUUGGCAGAAGCACUGAGGCUUUAGCAACGAAUACAUCUGAAACAAGCCGCUUGUCUGAGUUUGUUACUGCAGAGGAUGCAGCCAUGAUUGCAGAAACUGACAGGAGCAAAACUGAUCUGAAUUCACCGCAACAUGACAAUGGUGAGAAAGCAAGUCAAGAGCUGGAUGAGGGAAGUGCCAGGAUUCAGUCAGUGGAAAAGGAUAAUGAACCGACUCUGCAAACUGCUGGUGUCUUACCUUCUGCAAACUGCGAUGGGGCUAUACAAGGAGAUAAAUCUGAAACCAGCCAUCCACAAGAGAAUACUACAGACCACACUAAAAUGUUGGAGCAGCAGAAUGGUGAUAAGGCUCAUCUAGAAGUCGGCAGUGCUGACAAAGUUAAUCCAGGGCUACAUGAUGAUGCCUACUUCUUGAAACAUACUGCUCUAGAGUCUCCUUGCUGCAAUGUGGCCUUACAUAAUAGAAGUUCAGAAGGUGACUCUUUAUCUGAGAAAAAUACUGGAAAGUGUAUGGCUGACAUUCAGAAAUCUUGUUGCAUUAGAUCUGUUCCAAACUCUCCUCAGGAUGGGAAUGAUGAAGGAGCUAAGCGAGCUUCAAAUGAAAAAAUCAUGGGGAAUCCUGUGGUGGAAACAUCACAUGUGUAUUGCUCAGAUGAUAGUUCCACUGGCCUUGCAGCUGCUUGUCUUCUGUCGAUGACAGGUAAAAUACCGAUCUGUAGUCAGGUCGAGGGAUUGACCGAACAAGAUUUGUGUGUAAAAUGUGGUCAGGAUGGCCAGUUGCUGAGAUGUAGCAGCUGCUUGUUAGCCGCUCAUGAUAGCUGUUUUGGUUCAUCAGUGACAUUUGAUGAUUCUGGCCAGUUCUAUUGCGCUGUAUGCUUCUAUACUAAAGCCACUGAAGCAUAUCAAAAAGCUAAAAAAAUAUAUGCUGAAGCUAGGAAGAACCUAUCUGCUUUCCUUGGCCCAAAGCAAUUCGCAAAGCAACAUGCUGAGCAAUAUACUGAAAAGCAGCAAACAGCUGCCAACUUCGAGGAUCACUUGAAUGGGUGUAAUACAUCUAAAAGGCAAGAUAACCAUCAGUCUGAAGCAGAUAACCUUUCUCAUAAGGAUGAAGAACCUGGUCAGCAGAGGAAGAAGCAAAAAACAAAUGCGACAAGUGAUACUUGUCCUGAGCAGGUAGUCACUGAAAAGGCUGCACCUUAUAGAGAUUGCGUACUCCAAUAUAAAACAAAACAAGUUCAGGUUGCAGAGCAUGAGCAGCCUGUGGAAAAUGCGAAAGCCCAUGAAGAUGGCAAUGGCAAUUCAUUUCAUGAAGCGCAACAUUCAUCCCAGAAUAGAUGCAGUCCUGUCGCCAAUCAGAACGUUGAGGCUGACAACGACGAUGGUCUUACAAAUUCUCAUGAGUGCGAAAAUUCGGAUGAAAUAGAAGCUACAUCUUCAAAUGAUUCUGGCAAGCGGUCCUCACCCCCUUGGCGAAACAUGAGGCACCAUAAAGCAAGAUUUCGAGAAAAGGAGACAGUGGUAUCAAAUAAUUCAAAAAAAGCAUUGGGCUGCCAGGAUCAAAACAUGCCUUCACCAUCAAGGCAACGGAAGUAUGCAUAUCCACCCAAGCGUUACUCUAAUCCUCUUGCACCAGCUGGAAGGCGCACAAAGCUCUGUUGGACGGAAGAAGAAGAGGGAGCUUUGAGGGACGCCAUGUUAAAGUUCACCCCAAAGGACAAUGGGUCAAUUCCAUGGGUUCAGAUACUAGAACACGGCAGGGGUGUGUUUCACAAGACACGCCUGCCAAGUGACUUGAGAGUCAAAUGGAGGAACAUGAAUAAGAAAUCAGGAUCGUGACACUGACGAUCCGGUACCUAAUGCAGCCCUUGUGCCAUGCUGGUCUAACCAUUUUUUCACCGCUUCGAGCAAUCUCUUCACCAUCCUCUUGAAAUGUCGUAAAUAUUGGGUGCUGUGUUGUGGCUUCUGAGCAAUAGUGUUGACCCGUGAUGCUGGUUGAAAUAUGUAAGCUUGCAACUAUUAGUUCACUGCGGGCCUUUCUCUGCUGUUGUGGUCGUAGCGCUAUGUAAAGAAACUGACAAACUGUAUAUCGCUCUCACAAUUUUCACCGGGAGAAGGCGGAAUAUUACUCUGUACCUGUGCCUAUAAACGCGGAAGUUGUAAGCAAAGUUAUCACCCAAACGAUAAAUGAACACGAACAUGGAUAUGAUUGCUUGUCUAA